AACAGAUAAAAUGAGCGAGGCUGCUAUUCUGGAAGUCGUAAGAAGGAAUUUCAGUGAUCAUCUAAUUCUUGGGGAAGAGGGAGGACUUAUUGGGGAUUCAUCUUCUGAUUACCUUUGGUGCAUAGAUCCCUUAGGUUUGACUGUCAAAACCCUUGUUAUCUUCAAAUUAGUAAUUUAA